AUGGAGCAGCAGUUAAUUUUAUCACAGAGUCAAGAAGUCGAAAUGCCUGCUGGCACAGAUGAAUUCGGGAAGCGGGAUGGUGAAAAUCGGCGAGAAGAGAAACGGAAAUCAGAAACAGAAAGUCGACCUUCAACAAGUGCUGAUGACGGAAUUUCGUUACCUGUCGUCGAUGGUGUUAUCUAUAGUUACAAGUACAUAUCGAAGGUCAAAGAUUUGCCAAUCAAAGAUAUGAUUAGCACUUUUGUGGAAAGGAAUAUAAGAUUACCGAAAAUUUAUUUAAAUGGUCAACCUUUUGAAAUUUCAUUUCUUUUGGAUACAGAUUUCAUUUCCGAGCGAGAUCUUUGGGUGGACAAUUUAGGUUCAUGGGCUGGUACUGUACGAAGACCAACGUGUAAAAGCAUAAGAGUUAAUGCUGCAGGUGUUCCGGACACAAAAAAUCCAUAUUACGUCAUAAGGAAAAAGUACGGCAGCCAUCCUCAUUCGGAUCCACCUCUUGGUUUAAUGAAAUGUUUGUGUUAUUUGACCAGAAAUGGACGAGCAACAGGGAAUGCUCUCCUGUCAUACAAAUGUUUGGAAAAUUGUAAUUUGCAACCACGUCCUCACGGAAAUAAUAAGCAUAGUCAGAAUCCAUACAUAAGGACAUAUCCAUCAACUUUGCUCAAGAUCAAGGAACGUAUCGGUUCACAAAGUCCUGCAACUAUUUGGAAUGAGCUGUCGGUUGAUUCGACUGGUAAUAUGGAUGCACAAGCGACACUUCGAGAUAGGAAACAGGUUUAUAAUGCUCGAUCGAUUCGAAAAAAAUCACCUGAUUCGCAGACGCAAGAUGACGUUAAUAAUCUCAGGCAACGUGUGGCAACAUUGGAGGAGCAAAAUAGCAAGUUAAUAUUUACAAAUGCUGGUUUGCUGGAAAUAGUGAACGAUUUACGUAAGGCAAAACAAGAACUGGAAGCGGAAAAUCGUCGCAUAAAACAAGACAGUUAUCAAGAAAGAACGAAUGGUUUAUUGCUUCCUCAUUCUACAAUACUUAAUUAUCCGGGACAACAUCCAGAUAAAGCUCGAGCUAGUAUCUAUGAAAUGGGAACGGAAACAACGGUAAUGAUAUGUGAUCGGUGUACUGAAGAAUAUCGAGUGCAAGAACCUUCAACAGUAGAUCAAUCAGCAUGUUGCAAAGCACGCUUUGCAGCUAUUCCAAGUCACAAAUACUGA